AUGAAUCACUUACAAGUUUGUUCAUCAUCUCCAACAUCAGUAUCUUCUGACUCUCUUCUCCCAUUAAAUGCUUAUGUGCCUAAAGCACCUUUUCCUUCCAGGCUUGCAAGGCCAAAGAAGCUCGCAGGAGACAAGGAUAAGGAGAUGUUGGAGAUGUUUAGAAGGGUGGAAAUCAACAUCCCUCUCCUUAAUGCCAUUAAGCAAAUCCCGAAAUAUACCAAGUUCUUUAAGGAACUAUGCACGAGGGAAGAGGAAAAUGAAAGAAAAAUAGAGGAUGUUGUUAAGUCAUUUUGUGUGCAAUCCUUCAAAGAAUUUUCCUUAAAAACAAAAAGGAUCCAAGCCAUCUAUGAUGAUGACGAGGAUGAUUUAGGCGAUUUGAUCUCACUUGAGGAGCUUUUCACUUUAUACAUGACAGAUCCGGUAAGUAUGCCUUUUUGUUCUGAUAAUGAUUCAUCUAAAGAGGUGCUUCCUUCUAUUGCAAACGCACCUAAAGUGGAGCUGAAGAAGCUUCCUGAUCAUCUGAAGUAUGCCUAUUUGGGAGAAGUCGAAACACUACUCGUGAUUAUUUCUAAGAACUUAACUGCUGAGCAAAAGGAACAACUAGUUGUUAGGAGGUGUGUCCCUAAUGACGAGUUCUUUUCUGUUUUAGAAUUUUGUCAUAAGCAUGCAUGUGGUGAACACUUUGGUCCCAAAAUAACCACUAAAAAAGUCUUAGAUUCUGGUUUAUAUUGGGACACUUUGUUUAGGGAUGCAGUUCUUUGUAAGACUUGUGAACGUUGUCAAAAGUCAAGAGGGGACUAUGUUUCCAAAUGGGUAGAAGCAAAGGCCACUAUUACUGAUGAUGCUAAAGUGGUUGCAGGGUUUUUGAAGUCUAACAUUUUAUGCAGAUUUGGCUUCCCUAAGGUAAUCAUCAGGGACCAAGGAUCACAUUUCUGCAAUCGAGUCAUUGCUUCCUUAUUGAAAAAGUAUGGUGUACAACAUCGUAUUGCCAUCCCAUACCACCCUCAGACGAAUGGGCAAGCGGAGGUGUCCAAUAGGGAGGUGAAGGCUAUUUUGGAGAAAGUGGUCAACCUAUGA